GGGUGGCUGGCUGCUGCAAGUGGGACGGGGGUCAGAGCUUCUUGAAGGGAAGAAAAAUUGUGGGGGGGGCAGGAGAGAAAAAGGAAGAAACCCAAACAGGCAGGAGGACACACUAAGGAAGGCCCCCCACACGUGAGAACCCCCCAGAAGAAAUACACCACCCCCUGGUCCCCAGGAAGGGUGCACAAUGGAGGCUUCACACUCCAAGACCACAGAAGAAUGUUUGGCCUAUUUUGGGGUGAGCGAGACUACAGGCCUGACCCCGGACCAAGUUAAGCGGAAUCUGGAGAAAUAUGGCCCCAAUGAGCUCCCUGCUGAGGAAGGGAAGUCCCUGUGGGAGCUGGUGUUAGAGCAGUUUGAGGACCUCCUGGUGCGGAUCCUCCUCCUGGCUGCCUGCAUUUCCUUUGUGCUGGCCUGGUUUGAGGAAGGUGAAGAGACCAUUACCGCCUUUGUUGAGCCCUUUGUCAUCCUCUUGAUCCUCAUUGCCAAUGCCAUCGUGGGUGUUUGGCAGGAGCGAAAUGCAGAGAAUGCUAUCGAGGCUCUGAAGGAAUAUGAACCUGAGAUGGGGAAAGUCUACCGGGCUGACCGCAAAUCAGUGCAAAGAAUCAAGGCUAGGGACAUUGUCCCUGGAGACAUUGUGGAAGUGGCUGUGGGAGACAAAGUCCCUGCAGACAUCCGCAUCCUUUCCAUUAAAUCCACCACCCUCCGGGUGGACCAGUCCAUUCUGACAGGUGAGUCUGUAUCUGUCAUCAAGCACACAGACCCUAUUCCUGACCCCCGAGCUGUCAACCAGGAUAAGAAGAACAUGCUUUUCUCGGGCACCAACAUUGCAGCCGGCAAGGCUUUAGGCAUCGUGGCCACCACUGGUGUGAGCACCGAGAUUGGGAAGAUCCGUGACCAAAUGGCCGCCACAGAACAGGACAAGACCCCUUUGCAGCAGAAGCUGGAUGAGUUUGGGGAGCAGCUCUCCAAGGUCAUCUCCCUCAUCUGUGUGGCUGUCUGGCUUAUCAACAUUGGCCAUUUCAAUGAUCCCGUCCAUGGGGGCUCUUGGAUACGGGGUGCCAUCUACUACUUUAAGAUUGCUGUGGCCCUGGCUGUGGCUGCAAUCCCGGAAGGCCUUCCUGCAGUCAUCACCACCUGCCUGGCCUUGGGCACCCGCCGGAUGGCAAAGAAAAAUGCAAUUGUGAGGAGCCUGCCUUCUGUGGAGACUUUGGGCUGCACCUCUGUCAUCUGUUCCGACAAGACAGGCACCCUCACCACCAACCAGAUGUCGGUCUGCAAGAUGUUCAUCAUUGACAAGGUGGAUGGGCACACCUGCGACCUGAAUCAGUUCUCUAUCACAGGCUCCACUUAUGCUCCAGAAGGAGAGGUCUUGAAGAACGAUAAGCCAGUCCGGGCAGGGCAGUAUGAUGGGCUGGUGGAGCUGGCCACCAUCUGUGCCCUCUGCAAUGACUCCUCCUUGGACUUCAAUGAGGCCAAAGGUAUUUAUGAGAAGGUGGGUGAGGCCACCGAGACAGCACUCACCACCCUGGUGGAGAAGAUGAAUGUAUUCAACACUGAUGUGAGAAGCCUGUCAAAGGUGGAGAGGGCCAAUGCCUGCAACUCAGUGAUCCGCCAGCUAAUGAAGAAGGAAUUCACCCUGGAGUUCUCCCGAGACAGAAAGUCCAUGUCUGUCUAUUGCUCCCCAGCCAAAUCCCGGGCUGCUGUGGGCAACAAGAUGUUCGUCAAGGGUGCCCCUGAGGGGGUUAUUGACCGCUGUAACUAUGUGAGAGUUGGCACCUCCCGCGUGCCGAUGACAGGGCCAGUGAAGGACAAGAUCAUGUCGGUGAUCAAGGAAUGGGGCACUGGCCGGGACACCCUACGCUGCCUGGCCCUGGCCACCCGGGACACCCCUCCGAGACGAGAGGAGAUGACCCUGGAUGACGCUACCAGGUUCAUGGAGUACGAGACGGACCUGACAUUCAUUGGUGUGGUGGGCAUGUUGGACCCGCCCCGCAAGGAGGUCACGGGCUCUAUCCAGCUGUGCCGCGAUGCUGGCAUUCGGGUGAUCAUGAUCACUGGGGACAACAAGGGCACAGCCAUUGCCAUCUGCCGACGAAUUGGCAUCUUUGGGGAGGAUGAGGAGGUGAGAGACCGAGCCUACACUGGCCGGGAGUUCGACGACCUGCCCCUGGCUGAGCAGCGGGAAGCUUGCCGUCGUGCUUGCUGCUUUGCCCGUGUGGAGCCCUCCCAUAAGUCCAAGAUCGUGGAGUAUCUGCAGUCCUUUGAUGAGAUCACAGCCAUGACAGGAGAUGGCGUCAAUGACGCCCCUGCCCUGAAGAAGGCUGAGAUCGGCAUUGCCAUGGGGUCGGGCACUGCCGUGGCUAAGACCGCCUCUGAGAUGGUGCUGGCUGAUGAUAACUUCUCCACCAUCGUGGCCGCUGUGGAGGAGGGCCGCGCCAUCUACAACAACAUGAAGCAGUUCAUCCGCUACCUCAUUUCCUCCAACGUGGGCGAGGUGGUCUGCAUCUUCCUGACAGCCGCCUUGGGGCUGCCUGAAGCCCUGAUCCCUGUGCAACUGCUGUGGGUGAACUUGGUGACUGAUGGGCUCCCAGCCACAGCCCUGGGCUUCAACCCACCAGAUCUGGACAUCAUGGACCGGCCCCCCCGGACUCCCAAGGAGCCCCUCAUCAGUGGAUGGCUCUUCUUCCGCUACAUGGCAAUUGGGGGUUAUGUGGGUGCAGCCACUGUGGGAGCAGCUGCCUGGUGGUUCCUGUAUGCGGAGGAUGGGCCUCGGGUCACCUACAGCCAGCUGACUCACUUCAUGCAGUGCAAUGAAGAGAAUCCUGACUUUGAGGGUCUGGACUGUGAGGUCUUUGAGGCCCCAGAGCCCAUGACCAUGGCCUUGUCUGUGCUGGUUACCAUCGAGAUGUGCAAUGCGCUCAACAGCCUGUCUGAGAACCAGUCCCUCCUGCGGAUGCCACCAUGGGUGAAUAUCUGGCUGAUGGGCUCCAUCUGCCUGUCCAUGUCCCUCCAUUUCCUCAUCCUCUACGUUGACCCUCUGCCGAUGAUCUUCAAGCUCCGGGCCCUAGACUGCAACCAGUGGUUUAUGGUCCUCAAGAUCUCAUUGCCAGUCAUUGGGCUUGAUGAAAUCCUCAAGUUUGUUGCUCGAAACUACCUGGAGGGAUAACCUGUUCCCCCUCUUCCAUCUCUUUGAGUCGUGCCACAGAUCCAGAAGAUGAAAGAAGGAAGUAACCCGUCUCUUUACCUCCUCCCCCCCACCCCCCCCACAGUGAUGCAUCUUCAGCCAGAGCUGUGGCACAGACCCCCACGUUCCUCUAUUCCCCGACAUUUUUCUGUUUAUAAACACAAUGUCCCUUUCAGUUCUCACCACCACCGCCCCCCAGCAACCCUGCCUUCUGCCCUUGUAAAACCUCCCCUCUCCAACCCUGUGGGGCUUGCAGGGACAAGGAAACUGAUUGAGCUGAGCUGCUUAUUUAUUGAAAAUAAAUGACAGAAAAGUC